GUCUCUGCAUUCCUAAAUCAUGACUAAGAACACAUUUUUUUUCAACCAAAACUGAUCCCUUAGGCAGGAGAGGCUGGAAGUUUCACAUCAAUAAAAUCUUGGAGUUUAAAAGUCUGCAACUACGCUCGGCGCUUUGUGGGUGUGAAUGAUAAUCCAAAAACGCCUUAACAAGCUAAAAAUGCAGAGAAAAUGGAGGCAGAGAAAUGGAAGCUUUGAAUAUCAAUACUUUUAUUGUUUUGGAGUAUAAGAAACUGAAACCUCCAUGGAGCUAUACCUAAUAAACUCCGAAUUAUCUGAAUUGAUAUGAUAAAGACAAUUGACGAGGUGGAGAAUUUUCCAUUUCCAUCAAUCAUGGAAAUUAGGAUAAGCAAUAUUGAUCUUCUCCGCCUCAAAUAUUAAAUCUAAUGACCCUAUCCCACUCCAAGUCCAAUGUUUAAUCCGAAGGUAGCAUCCAAUACGAUAAAACCUGCCCGCACGUUGCUAGUCAUAUCUAGCAAGUCAAUGCACGGCUACAUGGCCUGCAACAAACAAGCCUACUUAGUAUGUAUGUUGGGCUGCCACCUCAACCUUCUUUUCAUUUAAAAUCCUCAUUUGACUUGAAAUACAUUUUCUUCGUGAGUGUCACGAAGGCAUUCUUUGCUCUACCAUCUUGUAGUUUAGAAGCAUAUAAGGCACCAUGUACAAGGCAAUUGCCAUUGUACUUACCCACAAGGUCUCAAUCUGUACUCAAAACCAAUGGCUUCUUCCCUUCACUCAUGGGGCUGCAGGUUCCUCUUCAUGGGAUUGGUAUUCACAAUCAUUGCCAAAUCAACCCUCGCUGUUGCACCUGUCUUCAGGCCAAGCCGAUGGGCACUUGCGCAUGCCACCUUUUAUGGCGACGACACCGCCUCCGAGACCAUGGGAGGAGCAUGUGGCUAUGGAAACUUGUUCCUUAACGGUUACGGGACAGACACAGUGGCUUUGAGCUCCACACUGUUUAACAAUGGAUAUUCUUGUGGGAGUUGUUACCAGAUCAAGUGUGUUCAGUCAAGUGCAUGCUAUAAAGGGUCCCCAUACACCACAGUCACUGCUACAAACCUUUGCCCACCUAAUUGGGCCCAGGACUCCAAUGCCGGUGGCUGGUGCAACCCACCACGGGUCCAUUUCGACAUGUCCAAGCCCGCCUUCAUGAAAAUUGCUCAGUGGAAGGCUGGCAUUAUCCCAGUCAUGUACCGCAGAGUACCAUGUGUUAAGCGUGGCGGGCUUCAAUUUUCUUUCCAAGGGAACGGAUACUGGCUGUUGGUAUAUGUGAUGAAUGUUGGUGGAGGAGGAGAUAUCGCGAGCAUGUGGGUGAAGGGAAGCAAAACAGGGUGGAUUAGUAUGAGCCACAACUGGGGGGCCUCAUACCAGGCGUUUGCAACUCUGAAAGGCCAAGCUCUUUCUUUUAAGCUCAUCUCCUACUCAACCAAGCAGAUUCUAGUAGCAAACAAUGUGGCUCCCUCUAACUGGAAUGUAGGAAUGACUUACAAGGCCAAUGUGAACUUCCAUUGAUGGAAGAGAUCACCACUGCCUCCAGCCUUUUUUCU